UCGAAGGCUAUAAAUCGAGCUUCCCGCCCCGCCGAAACCCAGAUGCCUCGCCAGACCGCCUCGCGGUUGGUGGUCGGGGAGGGUGGCAGGUCCCCGGGAGCUUCGGGGCCCGCAGCCACCAUGCUCCGCUCCCUGCUGCUUCACUCCCUGCGGCUCUGCGCGCAGACGGCCUCGUGCCUCGUGCUCUUCCCGCGCUUUCUCGGCACAGCCUUCAUGCUCUGGCUGCUCGACUUCCUGUGCAUCCGCAAGCACGUCCUGGGCCGCCGCCGCGAGGAGCCCGAGCCCGAGGUGGAGCUCAACAGCGACGGCGAGGAGGUGUCCCCCGACGACCCACCCAUCUGCGUGUCCGACGACAACCGCCUGUGCACCCUGGCGUCGCUCCGGGCAGUGUGGCACGGCCAGAAGUUGGAUUUCUUCAAGCAGGCGCACGAGGGUGGUCCGGCGCCCAACUCCGAGGUAGUCCUGCCCGACGGUUUCCAGAGCCAACGUAUCCUCGACUAUGCGCAGGGCGCUCGGCCGCUGGUGCUCAAUUUCGGCAGCUGCACCUGACCCCCAUUCAUGGCGCGCAUGAGCGCCUUCCAGCGAUUGGUCACCAAGUACCAGCGCGACGUCGACUUCCUCAUCAUCUACAUCGAGGAGGCACACCCCUCGGAUGGCUGGGUCACCACGGACUCGCCCUACGUCAUCCCGCAGCACCGCAGCCUGGAGGACCGGGUCAGGGCAGCCCGUGUGCUGCAGCAAGGCGCGCCCGGCUGUGCCCUGGUGUUGGACACCAUGGCCAACUCCAGCAGCUCGGCCUAUGGUGCUUACUUUGAGCGCCUCUAUGUCAUCCAAAACGGCACCAUCAUGUACCAGGGCGGUCGCGGCCCUGACGGCUACCAGGUCUCGGAGCUGCGUACCUGGCUAGAGCGCUACGACCAGCAGCUGCAUGGCGCGCGGCCACGCCGGCAGUAACUGGCCCCGGGGGAUAUUGACGGGACUUGGAAGGCUGGGCCUUCGAGCCUUCAAGGCCCACGUGCAGGUACCCAAGGAAUCCCAGCUUGGUGAGAGGCCUGGCGCUGCGGAUGGGCGGAGACUGCGCCCUCAGCCGGGGGAAGCUCUGCCUCUGGGGCCUGCCUGACUUGCUGGAGCACCCCCCCUCCCCGCGGGGAGCGCACGUCGCGUUAUCCCUGCGGCUUUGCCCUCCUUGCCGGCAUGGCCUCGGAUCAGCGCGGUGGCUCCGCGCGGCUCGCAGCGCACAGAUCUUGCUCACGCCCGCGCGAGCUUUGCGCGCAGCUGGGUUCCAGCGGCACGCGCCUUAGUUGCCUGGCACCCACCUGUCGCUCGCAGAGAA